UUACAGCUUACAUUCAUAGACAUCGUCGUUUACGUCAGCCUCAAGGCUUCCGGCCACUGGUGCAUUAGGUGGUCUCGAAUCCUGCGUCCCCUGUUUCUCAUCGACGUGCCUGAGGGUCGUCAGAUCCGAAGAGCAGUCCGAAAUAUCCGGCAGACUCUGCCCGAUGUCCUCAAUGUCCUCUUUUUGUUUUUCUUCAGCAUCGCCGCUUUCGCUCUCAUGGCUUACAAACUCUUUGCUGAAAGGGGACUGAAAUACCCUAACGGCGAUCCGUAUUUCCCAGACUACGGAGAGAGCAUAUGGGAACUGUAUGUCCUCGUCACGACCGCAAACAAUCCAGACGUCAUGCUACCUGUAUACGAACAGAAUGCUUGGUUCGCCAUUUUCUUCGCCGGAUUUCUCAUCGUCUGUCUCUACAUCCUCGCCAACGUGUUUCUGGCUGUCGUCUAUAACAAUUUUCGGCAACAUCUCAAGGAAGAGGUGAGAUCGGCCGUAUUCCUGAAGAGGCAGCACUUAGCCCAAGCCUUCGACAUACUCAAAGAUCCCUUGCACUGCGGAAUCGACAAGGAAACCUUUCAAUCUUGGCUCAAGGAAUGCUUAUCUAUUCUAGCAGUGGCGUAUUUUGGCUGCAAGGUCAGAGGGGGAGGGGCAGAAAACAGAGAGGAGGUGAAAAACCCCACCCGAGUGAUAUCAGAUCUGAAGGAGUUUCUUCAGCUGGCGGAUCUACUCAACGUCCAGUUGUCUCAGGUCAAGGACAAUCGGAACUUCCAGGAAAGAUAUUACCCUAAGAUCUAUCGCUCUUCCUGUUCCCUGUGGCUUAGGGAAUUCGUUCUGAGCAAGCCUUUUCUAUAUAUCAUGGAUGCCAUGAUCAUUGCAAAUGCGGUACUGAUCGCCUUGGACCUGGACGAAUGCGACUGGUUCUUUCUACCUGUAUUUUGCCUGGAGAUACUCCUUAAAGUCUACGCAUCUGGAACAAAGAAUUUCUUCAAACAAUUUUGGAACGUGUUUGAUUUUCUGAUCAUUGGGUCAGCCCUUCUUCUCAUCCUCUUCCAGGCCGCUAUGCACGGUAUGGAAGAGAGCGUGGCGAUACUUGAGGUAUUGUUGGUGCUACGAGUCCUUCGCUUGGUGAAGAUCAUCGGAACGAUCGAUCGCUUUAAGGUCGUCGUGACGACGAUCGUGAACCUCACGCCGGCCAUCUCCACCUAUGGGGCGAUCGUUUUCGUUCUCUUUUACUUCUACGCCAUUCUGGGCAUGGAACUCUUUGGCGGGCUCGUGGAAUUCCCCUCGAGCGUGAAUGGCACAGACUGUGGGAAUCCCCGUCUCCGAGGCGUCCAAUCCGACAUCCACUCUCACUAUCUGAAAAAGUGGGAUUUUCUGACGGACUUCAUCAACGAAGUCGGCAUGUAUCCGGAUACUAGAUCCCAUCGUGAUCACGUCCAACACAUCCAAUCUGUGUGGAUUGCAUAUGUUGAACGUGUAGUCCACAUUGGGUAUCAUCCUGCCUUUGAAGUGAUCACAUCCGGAUACGUGUUGAUGACGAGCAAAUGGGCAAGGCUUUACUUUCUGUCCUUUCACAUAUCUUGUGUCCUCAUUGUUCUCAACAUCUUCACGGCUUUCGUCCUGGAGGCAUUCAUCCUGGAGUACACCAUGUCAGACGAGAGGCUGCAGUGGGAUAUGGAAGAUAAGCUCCGCAACAUUGACUUAGUUGUCGACAAGUACGUGUCUCCCUGA